GCUCAAUCUAAAAUGGUAUCGUCCGCCGUGUCAACAUGGAGUUCCUGGUAAAAGACGUCAAACUAUUCGUACAUUAAAAAAAAAAAGAUUUAUAAGUAAACAUUUCGCACAAAAUUGAUACUUUUAUUCCAUCUAUGUUAAUCUUAACAUUAGUCAGUUCUCUAUAACAUUUAAAGUUAAGCAGAUACAUCGAUGUUCGUUCGUUACAUGCAUGCAGUCACAUGGCUUUAAUUUCACCUGUGUUCCCACUGUAAUCGAUAAAUGUGAUUAGUUAGCUAGCUAAUGCACUGUAAAAGUGUUUCCAAAAACAGUCGACAGCUGCAGGUCUAGCUAACGCUACUGCACCUAGGCACGAAUGGAACCCGAUGCUAUCAGCACUUUGUACCGCGAAUAUAGUGGGUAUCCCACCCCUAUUUCUGCCUUCGUGACGGCGAAUGACUACAUGGCACUAUUAAACGGCACGAGUUUCACUUUAUCGACAGGUGAGACACUGCGCACACACACACACAAUAGAGAUGUAUAGAGAUCGCAACGUUGUAACUGUCCCAUUAUGGCAUCUGUGAGCGCACAGGCAGCGCCUGAGGCCAUCUCCAUUUUGAAGUAGUCAAUUUUCUUCUACUUUUGAAUUGGGAAACAAACUGAAAGGGUGUAUACGGCUACCAAAGAUGGUGGAUAAACGAAUAUAGUUCACUCAGGCCGUUUACCAUUGAAAGAAAUGGUCAGUUCCGGUCUGCUUAACUGGGUUGUCCCAUAGACACCAAUGCAAUAGCAGCUGGGUUUGGUCUGCUUAGUUCAUUUACUGUAAUGUAACCAGAAAAAAUUAGGGAGUGGGGUGUCUCGCUUCCUCUUCGGUCUCUGCUGCUACCAUAGAGGAUCCAUCUUUGUGUCUGUGCAAUUAUAGCGAAGAUUUCUAUAACUAACCCAAGAUCGACCAGAGCCUGUCAUUUCCAAUGGGAGUAAAUUAAUCAUAGUGGGCAGAACAAGCAAGGAGGUUUGCAGAGCGAAGCACGAGCUAGUGAGAUCCUAUUGGGGCGUUCAAGUAUUUAUUUGCAUAUUUCCGUUAGGGAACGACUACUCUGUGAUGGGCGCGUGUGCAAUAACUCAAUUCGCCCUUGGACUCCUUCUAAACAAUGUCAUUUUUUACAACUUUGGCAAAGGGUAAAGUCUACAAAAUGCAGUCCACUCUGUUUGUUACAGAUUCUAGUUUUGGAAACAGGAAACUGUAUGGAGAUCAAUGUUUCAUUGAUGAGGAAAGUAGCCAAAUGUCGGCCAAAAUCCAUCUCGCUCCAUCUUCUCCCACUGCCGGCCACUUGGCUUCCUCACAUCACCAUAUUUGGUAGUGAGUGGAAAUGCCAACCGGAUGCUUCACAUUUAUACAUCCAGUGAAAUAUCUGACUCAUUGUUCUAUCUGUGAUUAUAGCGUCUGUGACAGCAUGGGCAGCGCCAUUGAGGCUAUCUCCAUUUUGAAGUAGUCAAUUUUCUUCUUCACGAUUGGCUGAACCCUCCUGAUGACCUGGCUGGACAUGACUCCAACAGGGUCACCAGGAGGGAUCAGCCAAUGAAGUUGGAAGUACCACCCAGUUGACUACAUUAAAAUGGUGGAAGCCCUCAAUGGCGCUGCCCAUGCUAAAAUUGCCUUUUGGCCACUAGAGGCCUCUAUAAUUCUCUAUGGCUGCUACCUGGAGUGUGUUGUUUGAACAGAUAAAGCCAAGGUUGGCGAUUUACUGCCACCUGCAGUUAUGGAAUGUUUGCUCCUGACCUGGAUGGAAUUAUGUGAUCCUCCCUUAACCCAUAGGAAGUCCCACCAAAUUGACUACUUAAAAAUGGUGAAAGUCCUCAGUGGUGCUGCCCAUGCUAAAACAGGCUUUUGGGCACUAGGCCUCCAUACAUCUCUAUGACACACACUCACUCACACACUAAAGAACACUGAACAGUAGACAACUUGGUACCCAUAAAAAACAUAUGCGCACAAGCAGUUCUCCCUGAUUUGUGAUAUUUAUAAACCUUUAUGUGUAUUUUGUUCUUUUUUGACUGCAUGUAUGCUAUUAUGUUUGCUUGGUUAAAAAAAAUGUUCCGUUUGAAUUACUUUUAAAUGUGUUGAUAAAAAAUCAUAAUUACAAACUCUCCUUCACCUGCACCUCUCAGAGUGGAGUCAGAAUGAGACAGUCCGGGGAGCCAGACUGCACUAUGCCCAGCAGUGGACACUGAUUCAAAACUACAGUAAAGAGACAGACAUAGACAUCCUACCACCAAGCCCCUGCAGCCUUUUACACGGAGAGUAAGUAGGCAGACAGACAGACAGACACUCCCCCACUUCACUCAUUCACCAUCCCUGUGUCUGGUGCUGACGACGUAAUGUGUGUAAGAUGAUUAUAUAGUGGAGGUAUUAUUAAAGAUAGGAUAGGUCCUUCUCCAAGCUGCAGUUUUCAAGCCUUCCUUUUUUCCUUCCUGCUCAAAUAGAUUGCUGAGUUCCUAUUCCCCGUCUGGAGCGCUGAAGGCGGUUGUCAGGGAAACCAGCAGUCAGGGUGCGGGACAUCAGUUCCUAGAGGUAAGGAUGGAGUGGUCUGGGUGUGUCAGUCAUAAUUUGGCUCAAUUCCUUCACCCACCCUGAUACAAUACGUACUGGUUUGCUUUUACUUUUAUAUGGUUUGUUCUUUUUCAGGUAUGGAGCAACUAUGGUUUAAAAAAAAUCCUCCAUCUCACAGCUCUCAACAAACAUGGGAGAGUGUAUGAGGAUGGUAAGGCCUUUUCUUGAGUGAUUUACAUGCCUACAGUGUUCUGUGUAUUUUGUUUGAUGCUAGACCUGUCCACUGUGGACCUAAUCAGGGCCAUUUGCUUUAAUUUAUCAGCCACACUCUCUCUCCGUCUGUCUCUGUGUCUGUCUGUCUGUCUUUCUCUGUCUCUUGUUCUCCAUCUGUCUCUGUCUGUUUGUGUGUGUGUGCAGCUCAGUUUGGCUGCCUGGCCUGGUCUGCAUGUGAGAGCAGGGUGCUGUAUGUAGCUGAGGGGAAAAGGUCUAUAGCAGAUUCAUCAGCUUCAGCGUCCAGCCCAUCAGCUGGAGACCCAACAGCAGGGCCCUCAGGAGGCCCUUCUGGGAAGGUAUCAGAAACACCCUGAUCAAUUCUCCUGUAUUAAUUGUCUUUGUAUGUUUAGCCAUAAAUUCAAUUGGACGUAGUCCUUAAAGUUGCAUUUAGGUGGUUUUGGAAGUACUCUUAGGAUGACUAUUAUGUUGUGUAAACAUGAUUAGUGCUUUUUUCAUGGCUUCAACGCCCUUCCUUUCCCCUGUUGUGCAGCAGGACAAGAGUGUGUACUGGGAGGACUGGGGUGAAGGCUUGACCAGUAAGAGUGUCCCAGUGCUGUGUGUGGCCGACGUGGCCAAGGGCACGGUAACAGUGCUGCAGGGUGUCCCUUCAUACGUGUCCCCAGGCCAGGUGAGCACAAACAGGACCUCCAACACACACACACACACACACACACACACACCAAUAAAGGCAUUGGCAGAGCAUCCUAUGGUAUUUGCAACUUCACUGUAAGGAUCACCAGUCACAUGACAUGUCUUGUAGUCAUGUAAUUAUAUGUAAUAUCGUGUUAUGCCAUGAAAUGUAAUGUACAGUAAUUGUUGUCAUGCUGAUUGUUUUUCUGGUUAACACAGGGUCUCUGGGCCCAUGAUGGCGAGGGUGUGUUUUUUGUGGGCUGGUGGCAUGAGCCCUUCAGACUGGGCCUGAGGUUCUGCUCCAAUAGGAGGUGAGGAACAGCCUGUGUAGUCUACUAUGUUUACGUCAUCUCAUUAAUCAGUAUCAUCAGAGUAAUAUUGGACUGAUCAAGAUAUGCCCUUAUGUGUUAUUUUAGCGAAAGACUAGAAUGAUAACUCUUUGAAAUUCUGGUUUCAGGUCAGCUCUGUUUUGUCUGGACCUGGAAGGAAACUGUGGUGAGGGUUUUAUGUGUUCUUGAUUGGUUCAUUGUCAUGGUAAACAACUUGUUAAUUCACCAUGAAUUCACAACGAAUUAACAACAAAGCUUCUCUCUCCUCCUCUCAAACCUCCAUCCUGCACCCCCUUCUUGUCUUUCCUUACACAGAGUGUCUGUCUGGGGACACCAGCUCCGUCUCGUCCCCCCGUCUGAGCCCUGAUGGACGCUACCUGGUGUACCUGCAGGGACAGGUGUUUGGGCCCCACAGCCAGUGUCUCAGCAUGCAGCAGGUGAGUCCCCAGCCCGACCUCCGACCUCCAGCCUCCGACUCCCAGACCCUUGUCCAGACCCUUACCCCCGCUCCCAGUCUAGCCCCUAGUCCUCAGCGUUACCUCCUGACCGCUGCCCAGCCCUUUAAAUAAGGAGCCGUUACCGCCUUAUCAGAGAAGAAGCAAGGAUGUUCUGGAGGACAGUGGGGAGUGCUGCUUUGGGAAUGUUGCUUAUACUUCGCUGGUGGUAUUCUGCAACACACAUACUGUUAUAUCCUUAUCUUAUCUCUGUCCACAGUAUGACCUGGAGACAAGGAAGAUCUCGGUGCUGGUGGACGUAGUCAAUAGGCCAAAGAAAGGUACAGAAUUUGAAUAACUUUAACGCAACAUUGUGACCUUGACAGAGAGUGGCACCCCAUUCUUACUGCACUUUCAAUCUCUUGCUUCUCACCCAUUUCCUUCCCCGGACCCCAUCUAUCAAUCCCCCUCCCUCUUUCCCAAUCUCUCCCUCCCGUUCCCGUGCUCUCCUCCUCACUCUCCUUCCCUGUCUGUGUCCCUAGAUGAGUUUGCUGGGCUGUAUGAGGCUCUGCCACCUCGUUGCUGGGCGUCAGACAGCCAGAGAGUGGUCUUCAGUAGCGCCCGGAGGAACUGGAGGGUAUAGUACAAACACGCACACAAGCGGAUGCAAUUAACUUCAUACUCUAUGAUCUCACUUUCUCAUCUCUCCCUCUCUCCCAGGACCUCUUUGUAGUGGACAGGAUCACUAGGAGAGUAACCCGCAUGUCUGACCGUAAGCUCUCCUCUCCUUAUGUGAUUAUUAGUCUCAAGCCUCUCAAACUGAAACUAGUCAGAACUGUAGCAAACCGCUCAAUCUUUCUCUCUCCCCUCAGCUGAGAAAUUUGGGAGCUGGAAGCUGCUCACCAUCCAGAAAGACCUGAUGGUGGUCCAUUGUUCCCAUCUGAAUGAGGCCCCACGCCUGGUAAUACAGCAUUGUGGUCAUUCAUGUACCGUUCUGGUCAUUCAGGUUACCUCUAUACAACGCUCUGGGCAUUCAGGUUACCCCUAUAUCAAAUCAAAUCAAAUUUUAUUUGCCACAUGCGCCGAAUACAACAGGUGUAGACCUUACAGUGAAAUGCUUACUUACAAGCCCUUAACCAACAAUGCAGUUUUUAAGAAAAAAUAGUUAAGUAAAAAAUUGAAAAUAAUUAAAGAGCAGCAGUAAAAUAAAAUAACAGUAGGGAGGCUAUAUACAGGGGGUACCGCUCUGGUCAUUCAGGUUACCCUUAUACAACGCUCUGGGCAUUCAGUUUACCCCCAUACAACGAUCUGGUCAUUCAGAUUACCCCUAUAUACCGCUCUGGUCAUUCAGAUUACCCCCAUACAACGAUCUGGUCAUUCUGGUUACAGUGUUUUCCACUAACGUUUUCAGCCGGGUACUUUUUCCACUUAAAUUAACUACGCUACUUUUUUACAAUUCGCCCCCUCCCGCUAGAAUGAACGAUAUCUAUCUUCUAGCAAUCUGUUGAUAGGACAGGCACAUGUCAGUCACAAAGUGAGCGGUGACAGGGAGACACUGCUGGGUUGACAGUCGGCUGUUUGUCCCGUCUCCCGGUACCUGGGUUGUGUGUGUUGUGUACACUGUAGUUGCAGUCAUAUUUUUUUUACACGGAGGGAGAGAGCACAGAGGAGGCUGGUGGCAGGAGCUAUAGGAGGACAGGUUCAUUGUAAUGGCUGGAAUGGAAUGAAUAGAACAGAGUCAAUCAUGUGGUUUCCAUAUGUUUGAUACUGUUCCAUUUAUUCCAUUCCAUGAUGCUCCUUCAUCGUCUAUGUGGGUCAAUUUGCACCUCCCAUAUAAUGAGGUAACGAUAAGUCGAAAUCCACUUAGCAUAUUAUUUUCUGGCACAUUUGUUUAUUUUCUUUUGCGUGUUUCAUGUGCAGCCACGAAGUGCUGGAGCAUAGGCUUACUGUGAUUUGAUUGAUGAACAGCAAGCUUGACUAGUUUAUAAAUGGUGUCGAACUGACUGAAUUAAGUCGAUCUCAUAUAUCCUUGCCAUUCAUAAAUCAUACAACGUAGUAAUAUGUCCAUGGUAUUGUAUCGGGACAAGUAAACUAAAGAUCUCAUUUGUAUUUUUGAUAUGAACUCUAUCAGGACUUGCCAGACAGUGACGUUAAAGUGAGUGACUCGUCAGUAGCCUCCCGAAUCGCAUCAGUUAGAGAGCCGUUUAUUUGGCUUCCUAAUUUGCUUUCUUAAUAGGCUUUUUGGUGAUUAACUGCAGAUAAAUUCUGAAAACAUUCUAUGAGGAUGGUGAAUCCUCCUCACUACAGAACAAUAGGUAGGCUAGUGGAACAAUAGCCUCACUCUGGUCCAAAAUAUGAUGAAAGAAAACGGAUUGAAUUGUUUUCAAAGCUAAUGAUACUUAUAUGUUAUUUUCAGUGUUGACAAUGGAGUAGUGAACUGCUGCUUUCUAUGUAGCAAAGCCCAUGAUUAACAUCUGCUUCAUUCUUCAAUUAUACCUGUAUUGCAGAUAGCUGAGAAAAUGCCUUUUAAAAUGAAGCUUGAAGCCUGUGGAAGUCAACAGACUCUUACAAGAUUAUUUAAGAAGAAAUCUGUGGAUCGGUUGUUAAACAAGUAUUUUUUAGAGCAAAUAACAUACUGCAAUUCACAAAGAGUUGCAAUUGAAAUUCUUAGACUAAUUGAACUGAUACCGUUCUAUCUUCUCUUAACAUGUAUGGACCCAGAACUUAAUUGAGCAUCUGUUCUGUUUAUUUUUACAUUUGAAAAAGUGCACGUCACACCAUUUAUUUAAUUUUAAAUGUAAUCUUUAAUUUUAAAAAAUCAAGAUAAUUUGGGCUAUUUACUUAAUAAAUACAUCAUUUGAAGAACAAACAUAAUUGUGGCAAUUCAUAUCUUGCAGUAAAAUACUUUAAUCUCAAGAGAAGAGGAUAAAUGUUAAAGGUUUAAUGUUCUCUAAUUUAGAAAAUAGUCCUGAUCAUAUAGACCUAGGCCUAGACAAUAUCCCAAAAAACUAACAAUGCACUGAAUUCAUACAUUUUCAGUAAUUAAAAUGUUAAACACAAUACCACAACAAAUGUUUCCAAACUGGGAGGUAAACUCAAUAAUGUAUUCAAUAAUUUCGCUGAGUAUUUAGAAUGGAAUCAAGGCGUUAGAAUGUACUAUAGGCCACCAAAAUAGAGCUUAUUUGGCAGAAAAUUCUUAACCACUUAAACGGGGGAUCCUGGCUGGCUACUUUUACAUUUGGCUGGCUACUCCAUGUGCUUGUGGAAAACACUGUGGUUACCUCUAUACAACACUGUGGUCAUUUAGUUUACCCCUAUACAAUGUUCUGGUCAUUCAGGUUACCCCUAUACAACGCUCUGGUCAUUCAGGUUACCCCUAUACAACGCUCUGGUCAUUCAGGUUACCCCUAUACAACGCUCUGGUCAUUCAGGUUACCCCUAUACAACGCUCUGGUCAUUCAGGUUACCCCUAUACAACGCUCUGGUCAUUCAGGUUACCCCUAUACAACGCUCUGGUCAUUCAGGUUACCCCUAUACAACGCUCUGGUCAUUCAGGUUACCCCUAUACAACGCUCUGGUCAGUCAGGUUACCCCUAUACAACGCUCUGGUCAUUCAGGUUACCUGGUCAUGUCCUAUCAUCUACAGUUACAGUACAUUACCAUAUAGGCAUUGGUUCAUUGCAGGCAGUGGCUUUUCUUCCGUCGGCCGGGGGGGAGGGGGAGGUGUCCUGGGACCCUCUGGACGAGUCGUGUCUGCAUGGUGCUAUCGUAGAUAAUCUGGACAUCAGCCCUACGCCCCAGGAGGAGAACCCAGAGUACUGUAAGUCAGUCAAUGGUGGUUCAGAACUUGUCUGGUCAUCAUAUCUGUUUGUCUUUGAGAAAACAAUAAAUGUAUGCUGAUGAAGUAAAUUGUGUGUCUCUUAUGCAGCUGGUCUAGACUUCGGGGCCCUGCUGGUUACAUCAGACCACCUUCCUUCAGGCACCAAGGUCCCUCUGGUGGUGUUUGUCCAUGGUGAGAGAAACCUCUGGAGAAUCUAGCUCCUCGGCCCGUAUUCAUAAAUCGUCUCAUAGUAGGAGUGCUGGUCUAGGAUCAUAUCCUCACUGUAUAUAUCAUUUAAUUUGUAUAAAAGAUCAGCACUCCUAUUCUUAGACGCUUUAUGUAUAUGGGCCCUGAUCUAUGAAAGAGAUCAGUGAAGACUCACUGAAGCUUAUUUGUGUUCUUUCCCAGGUGGGCCGCACUCCCAGUUCUUUACAGAGUGGAAUGUCACCACAGCAGUCCUGGUCAAACUUGGCUUUGCUGUACUCAUGGGUAAGAUUGUGGACUUCCUCCUUGGCUCACACCCACACACACUGUUAUCAUCCACUGAUAUAAUAUUGUUUCUCUCUCUGUGUUUUGUAGUGAAUUACCGGGGUUCCACUGGCUUUGGCCAGGACAGCAUCCUCUCUCUGGCCGGUAACAUCGGCAGCCAAGACGUCAAGGAUGUACAGGUACCGAGUGAGCUCUCAGCUGAAAAUAACUACAGCCAGAACCUUCAAUACAACAGUGUUUCUCAACCCAGGGUGCCAGUCAGGUUGCUAAUUUUUGUUCUAGCUCAAUACUACUAACACAUCUGGUUCAACUAACCUCUUCCUAAAUAUCAUUCCCAGAGGGCUGUGCUAACUGCCCUCGCUGACCAAACUGCUGAGAAGCUCGUGACCCUUGACCCUGAUAAAGUGGUGGUGAUGGGUGGGUCCCACGGGGGCUUCCUGGCCUGCCACCUGAUUGGCCAGUACCCAGACUUCUACAAGGCGUGUGCUGUCAGGAACCCAGUCAUCAACGCUGCCACCUUACUGGGAACCAGUGACAUCGUGGACUGGUGAGACUGACACUCUGUCUGUCUCUGUCUAUCAGUGUAUAGGACUGGAGAGUGGAGACUUUAAAACACUAAUUGAAGUGCACUAGUUGGGGGACGGAAAGUGUGCGCACUGUAUAUUUAAGAGACUGUAAAAAAUAAAAGAUGUUAAAAAAAUACAAGUACUAUGCAAAUACAAUGUGAUUAGUUGAUGGAUAGUUAUCCUGUGUCUCCCUCUACCCUAGGCGUUAUUCCAGUGUGGGGAUGCAGUACUCUUAUGACCAGCUGCCCACCCCAGAGGCUCUCACUACCAUGCUCCAGAAAUCCCCCAUCACCCACGCACCUCAGGUUUGAGCGCACGCACACAUUCAUGCACACAAAUACACACACAUACACUGACUGUGCACCUUGCAGUAGAUUGACCGAGUGUGUUUAAAGGGCUCCCCUAUAGCUGUCAAUGAGACAACCAUAUCAUUUAGUUUCCUCUGUGUGUGUCCAGAUCAAGGCCCCAGUGCUCCUGAUGCUGGGGGGUAAAGACAGGAGAGUGUCCCCUCACCAAGGUCUGGAGCUGUACCGCUCUCUGAAGAGCAGGGGCUCCCCCGUCAGGUGACAACCGCUUGUUAUGUUAUCCAUCAUCAUCCAGCCCACAUGAAAAAAUACUUCAGAUUACUAUAGAAUACUACAGUACUUACCAUAGCAUUCUGUAGUAAACUGUUGUAUACUGUAGAACACUAUACUACACACUGUAGUAUCCCUCGAUCAUGUGUAUUACUUACUGUAGAAUUUUGUAGUAUACUGUAGAAUACUAUAGUAAAUACUCCAGUAUUAUCCGCAAAACAAAACACUGUAGUAAAUACUCCAGUAAUGUCCGCAAAAACACUACAGUCUGCAAAAACACUACAGUUUUUUAACUAUUGUAAAAACGACAGUAUCUAAUUUGCAUAUACCCUACCCAUUCCCCUCCCUGUAUCCCAAUUUGUGCCACCCAUAAGUGAGAAACCUACACGCAAAGUAUAGACCAUAUAAUGUGUUCCCUACUGGUUAUAGAAAAGAGCAGAAGCUUUGAACUAUCUGUUCAGAUCCCAGUCCUACCUACAGUUGAAGUCAGAAGUUUACAUACAUUUGGGUUGGAGUCAUUAAAACUAGUUUUUCAACCACUCCACAAAUUUCUUGUUAACAAACUAUAGUUUUGGCAAGUCGGUUAGGACAUCUACUUGUGUAUGACACAAGUAAUAUUUCCAACAAUUGUUUACAGACAGAUUAUUUCACUUACAAUUCAAUGUAUCACAAUUCUAGUGGGUCAGAAGUUUACGUACACUAAGUUGACUGUGCCUUUAAACAGCUUGGAAAAUUCCAGAAAAUGAUGUCAUGGCUUUAGAAGCUUCUGAUAGGCUAAUUGACAUAAUUUGAGUCAAUUGGAGGUGUAGCUGUGGAUGUAUUUCAAGGCCUACCUUCAAACUCAGUGCCUCUUUGCUUGACAUCAUGGGAAAAUCAAAAGAAAUCAGCCAAGACCUCAGAAAGAAAAUUGUAGACCUCCACAAGUCUGGUUCAUCCUUGGGAGCAAUUUCCAAACGCCUGAAGGUACCACGUUCAUCUGUACAAACAAUAGUAUGCAAGUAUAAACACCAUGGGACCACGUAGCCAUCAUACCGCUCAGGAAGGAGAUGCGUUCUGUCUCCUAGAGAUUAACAUACUUUGGUGCGAAAAGUGCAAAUCAAUCCCAGAACAACAGCAAAGGACCUUGUGAAGAUGCUGGAGGUACAAAAGUAUCUAUAUCCACAGUAAAAUGAGUCCUAUAUCGACAUAACCUGAAAGGCCGCUCAGCAAGGAAGAAGCCACUGCUCCAAAACCGCCAUAAAAAAGCCAGACUACAGUUUACAACUGCACAUGGGGACAAAGAUCGUACUUUUUGGAGAGAUGUCCUCUGGUCUGAUGAAACAAAAAUAGAACUGUUUGGCCAUAAUGACCAUUGUUAUGUUUGGAAUUAAAAGGGGGAUGCUUGCAAGCCGAAGAACACCAUUCCAACCGUGAAGCACGGGGGUGGCAGCAUCAUGCUGUGGGGGUGCUUUGCUGCAGGAGGGACUGGUGCACUUCACAAAAUAGAUGGCAUCAUGAGGAAGGAAAAUGAUGUGGAUAUAUUGAAGCAACAUCUCAAGACAUCAGUCAAGAAGUUCAAGCUUGGUUGCAAAUGGGUCUUCCAAAUGGACAAUGACCCCAACCAUACUUCCAAAGUUGUGGCAAAAAGGACAACAAAGUCAAGGUAUUGGAGUGGCCAUCACAAAUCCCUGACCUCAAACCUAUAGAAAAUGUGUGAGCAGAACUGAAAAGGCGUGUGCGAGCAGGGAGGCCUACAAACCUGACUCAGUUACACCAGCUCUGUCAGGAGGAAUGGGCCAAAAUUUACCCAACUUAUUGUAGGAAGCUUGUGGAAGGCUACCCGAAACGUUUGACCCAAGUUAAACAAUUUCAAGGCAAUGCUACCAAAUACUAAUUGAGUGUGUGUAAACUUCUGACCCACUGGGAAUGUGAUGAAAUAAAUAAAAGCUGAAAUAAAUCAUUCUCUCUACUAUUAUUCUGACAUUUCACAUUCUUAAAAUAAAGUGGUGAUCCAACUGACCUAAAACAGGGAAUUUUACUAGGAUAAAAUGGCAGGAAUUGUGAAAAACUCAGUUGAAAUGUAUUUGGCUAAGGUCUAUGUAAACUUCCGACUUCAACUGUACUUACAGGUUAUGGAACAUUUGCUCUUUUGGUAUUUCUCCAGUAGAUUUCCUCAAAGAGAAAGCCUCCACUUCUAUGUCAAAGAAAAUAAAACAAAAACACCAUAGUAAAUACUACAGUAAUGCCUGCAAAGACACAGUAAACACUACAGUAUACUAAAGUCUGCAAAAACACUACAUUAAUUGCUAUAGUAUAUACUACAGUUUUCUUUGACUGCAGUAUUUAAACUAUAGUUAACUGUAAAUACUACAGUAUACUACGGUAAAUACUACAGUAUUCACUGUAGUGUUUUAGCAGACUUCAGUCACUACAGUAAAUACUAUAGUUUAUACCAUAAUAUAUUAUAGUAUUUUUUUCAUGUGGGUGAAUGGAGUUAAUUUUUCUUUUAAACUCCAAUACUGCACUGAUUGCCCUACUAAUCAAAUCAUCAAAUCAAAUUGUAUUUGCCACACGCACAAUUGGUCCAGCGUCGUCCGGGUUGGGGGAGGGUUUGGCAGGCCGGGAUUUCCUUGUCCCAUCACGCUCUAGCGACUCCCUGUGGCGGGCCGGGAGCCUGCAAGCUGACUUCGGUCGCCAGCUGGAUGGUGUUUCCUCAGACACAUUGGUGCGGCUGGCUUCCGGGUUAAGCGAUGCAUCAAGAAGCAGUGCGGCUAGGCAGGGUCUUGUUUCGGAGGACGCAUGGCCUCUCCCGAGUCCGUAGGGGAGUUGCAGCGACGGGACAAGACUGUAACUACCAAUUGGAUAUCACGAAAUUGGGGAGAAAAAGGGGUAAAAGUACAACAAAAAAUAUAUAUAUAUAUAUAACAAAAGGAAUAAAUACUCAAUGAGUAAUGAUAACUUUGUUAUAUACACGGGGUACCAGUACCGAGUCGCUGUGCAGGGGUACGAGGUAAUUGAGGUAGAUAUGUACAUAUACAGUGCAUUUGGAAUUUAUUCAGACCCCUAGACUUUUUCCACAUUUUGUUACGUUACAGCCUUAUUCUAAAAUCGAUUAAAUUACUUUUUUUCCUCAUCAAUCUACACACAAUACCCCAUAAUGACAAAGUGAAAACAGGUUUUUAGAAUCUUUUGCAAAAGUAUUAUAAAUAAAAAACAGAAAUACCUUAUUUACAUUUGCUAUGAGACUCGAAAUUGAGCUCAGGUGCAUCCUGUUUCCAUGAUCAUCCUUGAGUUGUUUCUACAACUUGAUUGGAGUCCACCUGUGGUAAAUGCAAUUGAUUGGACAUGAUUUGGAAAGGCACACACCUGUCUAUAUAAGGUCCCAUAGUCGACAGUGCAUGUCAGAGCAAAAACCAAGCCAUGAGGUCGAAGGAAUUGUACUUAGAGCUCCAAGACAGGAUUGUGUCGAGGCGCAGAUCUGGGGAAGGGUACCAAAAGAUUUCUGCAGCAUUGAAGGUCCCCAAGAACACAGUGGCCUCCAUCAUUCUUAAAUGUAAGAAGUUUAGAACCACCAAUACUUUUCCUAGAGGGUCUGAAUACUUAUGUAAAUGUGAUAUUUCAGUUUAAAAAUAUAUAACUUGCAAAAAUGUCUACAAACCUGUUUUUCCUUUGUCAUUAUGGGGUAUUGUGUGUAGAUUGAUGAGACAAAAAUAAGAAUUUCAUCAAUUUUAGAAUAAGGCUGUAACGUAAAAGUCAAGGGGUCUGAAUACUUUACGAAUGCACCGUAGGUAAGGGUAAAGUAACUAGGCAACAGGAUAGAUAAUAAACAGUAGCAGCAGCGUAUGCAAUGAGUAAAAAUAGUUAGUGCAAAGAGGGUCAAUGCAGAUAGUCCGGGUAGCUAUUUGGUUAACUAUUUAGUAGACUUAUGGCUUGGGGGUAGAAGCUGUUCAGGGUCCUGUUGGUUCCAGACUUGGUGCAUCGGUAUCGCUUGCCGUGCGGUAGCAGAGAGAACAGUCUGUUACCUGGGUGGCUGGAGUCUUUGCCAAUUUUUCGGGCGUUCCUCUGACACCGCCUGGUGUUGAGGUCCUGAAUGGCAGGGAGCUCAGCCCCAGUGAUGUACUGGGCCGUACACACUACCCUCUGUAGCACCUUGCGGUCCGAUGCCAAGCAGUUGCCAUACCAAGCGGUGAUGCAGCCAGUCAAGAUGCUCUCAAUGGUGCAGCUGUAGAACUUUUUGAGGAUCUGAGGGACCAUGCCAAAUCUUUUCAGCCUCCUGAAGGGGAAGAGGCGUUGUCGUGCCUUCUUCAUGACUUUGUUGGUGUGUGUGGACCAUAUUAAUUCCCUAGUGAUGUGGACACCGAGAAACUAGAAGCUCUCUACCUGCUCCACUGCAGCCCUGUCAAUGUGGAUUAGGGCGUGCUUGGCGCUCUGUUUCCUGUAGUCCGUGGUCAGCUGUCUUGUCUUGCUGACGUUGAGGGAGAGGUUGUUGUCCUGGCACCACACUGCCAGGUCACUGACCUCCUCUCUAUAGGCGGUCUUAUCGUCGUCGGUGAUCAGGCCUACCACCGCUGUGUCAUCAGCAAACCUACUGGUUUUGGAGUUGUGCGCGGCCAUGCAAUCAUGGGUGAACUGGGAGUACAGGAGGGGACUAAGCACGCACCCCCGAGGGGCCCCCGUUUUGAGGGUCAGCUUGGCGGAUAUGUUGUUACCUGUAUUGACGCUUUUCCUGUUUGAUGGCUCAUUGGAGGCCAUAGCGGGAUGUCCGAAUUAGUGUCCCGCUCCUUGAAAGCAGCAGCUCUAUAUGUUUUGCUCUAUGCAGAUGUUGCCUGUAAUCCAUGGCUUUUGGUUGGGAUAUGUACGGUCACUGUGGGGAUGAUGUCUGUGCUAGCGAAACAGUCCUGUUGCUUAGCAUCCGCUUCAUUGGACCACUUCCAUAUUGAGCGCCUCACUGGUACCUCCUGUUUGAGUUUUUGAUUGUAAGCAGCAAUCAAGAGGAUCAAGUUAUGGUCAGAUUUGCCAAAGGGAGGGCAAGGGAGGGCCUUGUAUGCGUUCCUGUGUGUGGAGUAAAGGUGAUCUAGAGUGUUGUUGCCUCAAAUUGCACAGGUGAUAUGCUGGUAGAAAUUAGGUAAUUUUCCCUGCAUUAAAAUCACCGGCCACGAGAAGCCUCUGUAUGUGCAUUUUCUUGUUUGCUUAUGGCCCUAUACAGCUCAUUGAGUACGGUCUUAGUGCCAGCAUCGGUUUAUGGUGGUAAAUAGACAGCUACGAAAAAUAUAGAUGAAAACUCUCUUGGUACAUAGUAUGGUCUGCAGCUUAUCAUGAGGUAUUCUAUCUCAGGCAACCAAAAACUCGAGACUUCCUUAAAAUUAGACUUUGCGCACAAGCUGUUGUUAACAAAGAGACGCACUCCUGCCCCUCUCAGUUUACCCGAGACUGCUGUCCGAUCUUGCCAGCGAGGUGUAUUGUCCUUGUUCAGCCAAGACUCAGAGAAAAAUAUAGGAUAUUACAGUUCUUCAGGUCCCGUUGAUAGGAUAGUCUCCAACGUUCGCCAACAAAACAGACGGCAAUGGCGGUCUAGAUGCGCGCCGACAUAGUCUAAUCAUGAAGACGCCUCGCUUGCCUCUCUUUCGCCGCUGCUUCCUCUUUCGAGUCCUGGGGAUCAGGGCCAGGUCCGGGGUAAACAUCCAGAACUGCCGACUCGUUGAAGUAGAAAUCUUCAUCCAAAUGGAUGUUAGUGAUUUGCUGUUCUGAUGUCCAGAAGCUGUUUUCGGUUAAAGAAAAUUAUGGGGGAAACAUUAUGUACACAAAAAGUUUAAGAUCAGCGGGAAAAAAAUUCACACAAAAUAGCAGAAUUGGUCAGGAGCCCGUAAGAUGGAAGCUAUCCACUUCAGCGCCAUCCUAGUUUAGCAAUGUUAUUAGAUGGUUCGUGGACCUGUGUGAACUCCAUAUUCAUUAGGCACCAAAUGGAAGCAAAACAAACUGAAACAGGGAGGGACCUGAACAAUAAGAAAUGCUUGUUUUUGUGUUCCGUGGCAAAACGUUUUGCUACGGUGUGCACUAAUCAAUAGAACUGUGUUGCCCCCUGCAGGUUGCUGUGGUUUGCGGAGGACGGCCACUCUCUGGCCCGUGUGGACACUCAGGCUGACUGCUUUCUCAACCUGGUGCUGUGGUUCCAGCAGCACCUCCACCUGCACUGAGCCUCUACUGGUAUGACUGGACACACACACAAAGAAGUGAACUGUGGAAUUAAGACAUCCACACUUGUGUAGUGUACUCACGUUGUACAGUUCAGUUGAGAACGUCAUUGUUACCAGGUUCUUCCGGUGUGUUCUUUUUCUAUGGUUGCAUCAUGUUAUCAUGCCAAC